AUGAAUUAAUUUGAAUAAUGUGAAAGAAGGAAGCAGUGUUCAUUGGAUUAAAUGUUCAAGAAAUACGAGGAAGCCACCCAAGUAAGUUUAUCUAAUAAUUACGAUAGAGAUAUUAGAAGGGAUUGGAGGACAAAAUAUAGAGAGCAAAAUUAGAAUCUGAUAAAGCGAGGGAAGCAUAAUUUAUUUAAAAGCUCGAGGCUUAGAAUAAGAAAAUAGAGUUUGAUGAAAAAUUGUAAGAAUCUUAAGAGAGAAAAAAGGAUAUAGAAAAGCAUAUGUUGGAGAAGCAAUAAUUGAAAAAAAUAAAAGAUGAGGAAGUAAGAAGAAAGAAGAAGGAAAAUGAAGAUGAAAAACUAUAAAAACUAUUGAAGAAAUAAGAAAAAAAGGAUGUUCAAGUGAAGAAGAUGAAAAAAGAUGUUUAAAAGAUCAAAAGGAAAGAUGAAUUAAAAAUUUUAUUAGAUCAAUCAGUAUCAGAUGAUGCAUCAUUUGAGGUGGAAGUGGAAAAAAAAAGAUAAUGCAAAUCACUAUCAGAUUCUUUAUAAGCAUUAGAGAGCGAUUAAAUCGUAUAUUUUAAAUUAUAAAAAUAAAAAGAAGUUGAAAUUAAGGAAAAUAAGAAAAAGUAAAAAUUAUCGAACUUUAUGCCCUCAAAAACAUUUAGAGAAUAAUCUGUACCCACUAUUAAGAAAUCUGUCAUAUUUCCUAUUUUGAUUCGAUCCAAAUACGAUGAUAAUUUAUACGUUUUACAAUCAAUUCUUUAACAAUAAUAGCCAUAAUCACCUACUUUCAAAAAUGAAGAAAAUUCAAGUACAAAUGUUACUCCAAAAAAAGAGAAGGAAGAGGAACCUCAAUUUUUCAAACUAUGUUAGAUUUGCAAUAGUAUUAUAGAAAAUGAGGAUGACAAUAAACAUAUUUAGUCGAAAUCUCAUAAAUAGACAAAAUAAUAUUAUAAUCUUACAGCUACAUAAAAUGAUAUCUUGGUUGUAAAAGGAUCCAAGGAUGAGAUUUCAUAGAAUAGAUUUUAAUCAAUAAGAAAGAGAUGUCAGAAAAUUAAACAAAAGAUUUAAUAAAAGAGUUUGCAAUUAGAAAACAUGAAUAUUUAUUGUUAUAAAGAACCUGGAAAUAGUUACAAUAGAUAAAGAAUUUAGAAAUUAUCAAAUGAUCUAGAUAAACUGCUAAACAAUUAAAUUAAGGAUUUGUAUUAGAUUGAACAAUUAAUGAAGGAACUAUUAAAAUUAGUAAAUUAAGAAACAGAUUUGAUAAACCUAAGAUAAAUGAAAUUCAUUUAAAUUGUUAUUGAAGUUUUCAAGAAGAUAUCUUCCUGCCAUAAAAAUGAAUAUACCUAAUAUCUUAAAAUUAUUGGAGUGGUAAAUAUUAAUUAAUUAUCAUUGAGGCAACUGAAAUAGUUUACUAGUUUUGUAGUGUAUACAAUAAUAGAACCUACAUGUUGGCAAGUAAUAAGUUAUUACCUAUUAUUGAUUUCAUGUACAACUUUUUAGCGUCAAAACCAACCAAAUUUAUAUACAGUUAUCAAUUUGUUGCUUAAUGUUUUUAAAUAUUUAGUUUGCUUAUUAAACAUAAAUUACCAACUGAUCCACUCUCUGAUUUAAAUAUUCAGGAAAUCUAAGAGGAUACCUUAGAAUACAUGUAUUGUUGUGGAUUAUUCAAUAAGAUGAAGCUAAGAUUUCUAUCAUUUGAAAAAGAUUAUAUCAAUUCUGAAGGAAAGAUACCUGUUGCUUUAGUCAAGAGUGUUGCUUUUAUUGAAGCAGCGACCAACUACCAUGGAUUUGAGUAAAUUUAAUAAAAAUGAUAGGACAUAGAAUAAAUCAUUAUUUGAUGAAGAGGGAAAACGAAUAUCCAAAAGUUUUGAAGAGCAUCUUAAAUUUGUAAUUAAAGAAACUGAACUGUUCGGAUUAAUCUAAUUAAUUAGUUAAAUGGUUGUGGGUGAAGAGAUCUGUUUUACUACUAAUAAAUUACUUCCAUAAACAAUUAUAAGUUUUUUCAUGGUUGGAAUCAAGACUUUGAACAAUAUUUCUAGAUUAAAUAUUAUAGUAUUAUAGGAGACUAUGAACAAAUCAUCUAAUAAAUAAGAAGUUCAUAUGAUAAUCUAAAGACUUGUAACAUAUUGUAAAUGCAACCUUGAGUAAAGCCAAGAUCUAAAAGAUUUAUUAAAUGAAUUAAUUCUUUUAAUUGGGUAUUAUUGUGUUUUAAAUCAAAACAAUUAAAAUUCUCUAGUAGGAUCUAUGAAAAAGAUAUCUGUACUUCAUAAUUUAUUGUAAAUGCCUUCUCAAUUUUAUGUUGAUAAAAUGUUAAAGAACAUUCUCUUUCCUACUUUACUUUGCUGUAUGUUCAGAAACCCUAACAACAUGAAAAUUGUAUUAGAUGAAAUGGAUAAAUCCUAUUUCCUAGAAAUUUUGUAAUAUGAUGUAAAAUUUAUUUCAUAACUAUAGUCUGAAUAAUUUUAUGAAAACCAAAAUGGUCAAUAAUUGUAAAGAUCACCUUCAAUGUCGAGUACAAAUUCUUAGAACUCCGUAUUUCCAUACAGUUCUGCCAUUUACUUUAAAUUGAGUUAACGCUUUCCUAUGUGCUAUUUUAAAGAAGCCUAUAAAGAAUUACUAGAUUAUAAGGAUUGA